UCAACUUGACUGACCAAGAAUCUCGGCUAAACAGGGCUGAGUUGUUACUCUAAUAAAUAUCUACGACCUUUGACACAAAACCAAGAUGGCGAAUCGCACGGUGAAAGACGCGCAUAGCAUAAAAGGCACCAAUCCACAGUAUUUAGUCGAGAAGAUAAUCAGAUCUCGGAUCUAUGAAUCGAAAUAUUGGAAAGAGGAAUGUUUUGCUCUCUCGGCUGAGUUGCUGGUGGAUAAAGCCAUGGAGCUACGCUACAUUGGUGGGACGUACGGCGGCAAUAUCAAACCCAGUCCAUUUCUCUGCCUCAUCUUGAAGAUGCUGCAGAUUCAGCCUGAGAAGGACAUCAUCAUUGAGUUCAUCAAGAAUGAAGACUUCAAGUAUGUCCGAGCUUUGGGUGCCAUGUACAUGCGACUGACUGGUGAUUCCUUAGAUAUCUACAAGUACCUGGAACCUUUGUACAAUGACUACAGAAAAAUCAGACGGCAGAAUCGAGAGGGAGAGUUUUACCUGUCCCACGUGGACGAGUUUGUGGAUGAGCUGCUACAUGAAGAGAGAGUGGUGGACAUCAUCCUACCACGGCUCCAGAAACGUCAAGUCUUGGAGGAGACGGAGCAACUAGAGCCGAGGGUCAGUGCUCUGGAUGAUGAUGUGGACGAGGCAGAGUCCUCCAGCGAAGAUGAGAUGGAAGUACAGGAGUCUCGUCGGUCGCCAGACAGACACCGAAGUGGGAGACAUCGCAGCAACUCGCCCCGACGUCGGCGAAGUCGCAGCCGAUCCCCUAUCAGAAGACGUAGCAGAUCACCUCGUCGGAGGAGUGUGUCUCCUCGCAGAGAGCGCAGCAGACGCAGCCCUCGCAGACACCGCAGCCGGUCUCGCGAGCGACGGCACCGGUCAAGGUCACCCGGUCACCGACACCGCGACCGUGAUGAUGAUCACCAUCGUAGUAACCGCCACAGGUCACGCUCACCUGAUGAGCACAGACACCAGAAGACUUCCCAUAAGAGCAGCAGGCACAGCAGAUCAGACAAGGACCGAGACGACAGCAAACGAGGCCACAAGGAGGCAGACGACAUCCAAGCCAUGAACGAGCUGAGGGCGAGUCUAGGGAUGGGACCACUCAAGUAGAAGUUGUCUUUGGGGUUAAAGUUGUCACAACGACCUCUGAACGUGUAGCUGUCGCAAAUUGUUUUGUUCGGGAAAGUUUGAACUAAAAUGGGCAAGCGAUCAUUGUGUGUGAAAACUGAAAUGACCUUUGACCUUUGAUAGUACCAGCUGGUACAGUGCCUCUACCAUGACUUGGGGGUUGCGUAAGCGUGUAGUGAUCACUUGCCCGAAUUUAGUAAUACAGAAAAAAAUGGUGUUUUCCCGGCUUGUACUUGACAGGAGAGGACUGGGACAAGUCUAAAAAUAGCAGCACGGUAGUUUUACACACCGUUCGCUUACCUUUGAAUUUAAUUUUAAAAAUUCAAAAGUUGCUUUGAAACAAGGCCUGUUAAAGCAGUGCUUUCCUCUGAAAGGGAAAAAAAAAAUCAAUUUUGUAAGAAAGUCAUUUCAAAUGAAUAAUGCUCGCUACAGUUCCUAUUGUGUAUCACAAUUUAUUAUUUUUAGGACAUACGAUUGUACUUUAUUGCCUCAUCAUUUCUGUUGAUUUUAAUUUGUAAUUACUACUGUUCAAAAACACCAAACCAGUUUUUAGUGCAUCCAAAAUGCGCAUAACUAAUUCAGAAUGAGGUGUUUGUACAGAUGGUCAAUUAUGAAAUGGCAAUUGCCGACAAGCUUAACAGAGGGAAGAACUGUCUGCCUCUGAGCUAGUCGAGCCAGCCUCAGAUUUUGGAAACAAAGAUGGCUGUUCAUGAUGUGUACAAUAAAGUGUGCGGCUAUUGUGUAGCCGCUGACCAAGUGCGCUGCCGCACACACCUGCCAAUUUGUUUUUAACAACAAUGGUGACACUCAUGUCGCAAUUCCUUUCUAUACGCGGCUCUGGUCUGCCCCAUGCAUAAAAAAGAUAUUGCGUCUUUUUACAUAGCAGCAGCGUUCCUUCGGUAGGGAGACACAGCUGCACGACCACGUUCACAUGCGUUUGGUGCCUGCCGCGCCAAGCAUGCUUGGCCAAUUUCUAUCCAAUUUUUACAGUCCUGGUAUGGGCUGUCACCGCCCAUUUGAAAUGGACCCUGUUAAUAUCUUCUCUUCUCUGCCACUGAGGGGACACUUCAACACAGAGCAGAUACAGUUUUGUUAGUGGGUUGCAGUGGGAAACAUUUUGCGUUUUAGUGGAAAGAGAAUCUUCUGCGCCAUAUUUAACAUCACUUUGUGGUCUAGGUUUUGCUAUUGUGUCGUGUGUUGAGUCUUGUUUUGGAGAAAUAAAAUAAGGAUGAAGUCAAUA